AUGGAUAAUGAAAUCCCUCAUCUUAGUCCUUCAGAUGGUAAUAUUUCCAAACGAUAUUAUAAAAGUAUUAAUGGUUCGAAACGUUCCUUAACUGAAGCCGAGAGGGAACUUUUUGAUUUUGAAUAUUAUGAUCUUACCUUGCAUCAAGAGCAAGAAAUCUUUAGUCGUGUGCAACUUGGCGUAGCCUUAACGCCAGCUGAGAAACUCCAAGCUAUUAGUAGUCCGAUGGCUGACUUUGCGCAUACAAUUUACACUCAACAUCCUUCCAUAUCUGCUAUAAUGGAUACAAAACGUGCUCGACCUUUUCAAUUGAUUACUCAAUCUUUACACAUGAUUGAAAUGGAACCAGAAAAAUUUAAUGCUACUCCAGCAACCAUUACCAAAUUUUUGAAGGAAGAUCGUGAAGUUCCGGAAUCCCUUCGAACGUUAGCAAAUCAAGUUUAUCGGACGAUAGAAGAGAUGAUUGAAGAUGAUACCGAGCUUUUCCAUCGUGAUAACAAAUUAGCUCCCGUAGAAUUUGUCUUUCUAACAUACUUAAUUUCAAAGUAUCCUGGUCUUCCGAUCUUCCAAUAUCAGAAUCGUCUUUUGGCGAUGAAGAAACAUGUCCGCGCAAAACAUGAUGAUAUCAGAUUCAAUAACAAGUACGUACCUGCAACUCAUCAAUCUAGUAAUUCUUCUUACUCUUCUCCUGUUCAAGCAUCAUCAUUUGACACUCAAACUUCGUCUGCGAACCCUCGUGUUG